AUGCCACCAAUUGAGAUUGAUGUAAAUGAAAUUAAGGAUAUUCCAUAUGUUGAUGGUGUAAUGGGAAAUGAGGGUGAUGGUUUUAUAAAUGAUGGUGUGAUGGAGGCAAAUGAGGGUAAUGGUGAGGGUGAUGGAGUUGGUGAACGUGAUGAAGCUGGUGAGGACGAUGGUGAGGGUGAUGGUGAGGAUGAUGGAGCAGAUAUGGAGGGAAAAUAUGUUGAUGAUGAAGGGUAUGUGCAACUCAGAAUGACAAGAAAGCCCUUAGAAAGCAUCAUCCUAAAAAGUUUGAAAAAGAUGGAUGGGGUUCCACAUCUAGGUAUCUAG